AUGUUAUUAUUAGCAAUAUUGAUAUCAAUAAGUUUGAGUCUAGAAUUGCCAGAAAAGAAAUGUAACAUCACUGCGACAGGUAUCAGCUCAAAAUAAGCUUCGUAAUUUGAACAACUAUUGAAUCGCAUUCGAAAUGAAGUGGCCACUGGUCGAAGAGCUAAUCAUAAAGGUUAAAUCCAAUCGGCAGCAGAUAUGCAUAUGAUCACUUGGUCUAAAGAUAUGGGCAAGAAGGCUUAGGAAUGCUGUGAUACCUGUCCUGAAUAUCCGAUAUUCUGUAGAAAUUUGAAAGGCUUGACUUCAUUUAUGAUCCACAAAACUAUAGUUCAUACCUAAAAAUGGGAAUGGGACCCAGAAUUCGUAUUAAAUGAAUGGAUGGAAGCUUUAAACUCAGCAUAAUAAUUACUCUAAUCAAUGUUAUUUCAAGUAGGAUGUGGCAGAGCCUUGACUCCUGUCAAAGACAAAUUCUUAAUGUAUACAGUGUGCUUUUUCGAUUAUCCAAACAGAGCAGAUCCAUACAGGCCAGCUCCUUCAAUAAACAUAGCUGGUUCCUGCAGAUUGGGAAGAUCGUCUAGCUAUCUUGGCCUUUGUACUUCACCGUAUUCGAAGGAUAACCAACUCAUUUGGAUCAAAUAGGAAAGUAGAUUAAUAGAAUCCGAGUGA